CGCAUGUACGGAGGUUAUUCUGUGAUGUUACGGGUGACAUUUGUUGGUCUGUCAGAAAGGGAUUAGCAACUUUCUAUUGAAAAUGUCCACUGCUAUGAACUUCGGGACGAAAACCUUUAAACCUCGACCCCCAGACAAGGGCUCGUUUCCUUUGGAUCAUUUAGGUGAAUGCAAAUCAUUCAAAGAGAGGUUCAUGCGGUGUCUGCGCGACAACAGCUUCCAGAGUGGUUUGUGCAGAGAAGAAUCCAAGGAAUAUUUGGAAUGCAGAAUGGAAAGGCAGCUAAUGGCAAAGGAACCCCUGCAGAAGCUUGGUUUCAAAGACCUAAUAAAUGAUGAGAAACCUGAAGAAAACAACAGCUUAUAGAGGCAGAGAGCAACUCUGGACUUAUAACAUGUCUUCUUGAACAAUCUUUAUUUAUAGAGUAACUUUUUGCAGGUUUUUCUAUACGUUUAAGAGUUAAAUGGGUUCAGUUUUUUUUACCCUAUGAACACACAAUAAGAAUAAUACAUAUGUGUGUACAAAUGGAUGUUGUAAAUACCUAUAUGCUUCGGCUCAUCACUGAUUGACCCUUAGCCAGCUAUGGAGACUCUAGACCUUACUGACUCACUUCAGCUUACAAAUCUGUUUGUUGAAUGUAAUACUUUCACUUCUUGUAAGAUAUAUCAAAAAUGAAUUAUAGUUCCUUUUCUAAAUCUGUGUCAAUAUUAUUUUCAUUGUGGCUUUUGUUUUUGUUUUCAAACCAACAAGCAUUGUAGAUCCCUGUCUAAAUGUGUUCCCUCAAAAAUAUGCCAAUCCAUAUAUGCAUAUAAUCCAUAUGCAAAGCUUAUUGUUGCAUAGUUUCUCAAAAUCAUGAUUUGAUCAUGAUCAUUGAUCAUUAUUUCAGGGAAUAGGGCCUUUAUGGAACUGAAAUUCACUGAUUUUUAUUAAAUAUUUUUUUGCUUAAUCCUGAGAAAACAGCUAAAUGCGGUGAGUUGAUAUGUAACACAGAUAUUGUAGUACCCAUAUUUAACCACAAGUUGUCAGUCUUGCCCAAAACGUGUUAUAGGUAUAAAUUAGCCUUAAAGGGCUAGUUAAUAUGCUUUAUAAAAUGAGCAAUUCUUAGCAACUCUUUAAUUGGUCUUUAUAUAUUAUUUUUAAUAGCUUUAUUUGCCUGUAUAUUAUGACUCUUUCCAGCUG